GCACGAUCAGCACCCACCGCUUCUCCUCGACAGCAGGAACUGCCCCUCAGCUCCUGAGUCCUGUGCGUGGGAGCUCCCCCAGCUUUGGGGAGAGCUGCUGCCCUAGGCCGCGCAGGUGCAUGAUGGAAGUGUCGUCCCUGUGGGUCCUCACCUUCCGCCUGGGACUCUCUGUGCCAGGCCCCCCGCCCUCCCACCAGAUGGAAUCGGGCAGUCAGAGGGUCGGAGUGGUAGCAUCGGACGUAAGUGGUACGACACCAAAUCCCCAGAUUGACGGGGGUGCUGGUGAGAGCGCCCUGGCUCCCGUCGAUGUCAUGGACACUGCCUCCCUCCCUGUGUCCCCCCUCCAGAAAAAGCUGCCGGCCCUGCUACUGGGCCGCUCGGCAGACCUGCGGCCCGGCGAGUUCGUGGUGGCCAUCGGCAGCCCCUUUGCCCUGCAGAACACCGUGACCACGGGCAUCGUCAGCACGGCCCAGCGGGACGGCAAGGAGCUGGGCCUCCGGGACUCAGACAUGGACUACAUCCAGACGGAUGCCAUCAUCAACUACGGGAACUCCGGGGGACCACUGGUGAACCUGGACGGCGAGGUCAUUGGCAUCAACACGCUCAAGGUGGCGGCCGGCAUCUCCUUCGCCAUCCCCUCGGACCGCAUCACACGCUUCCUCACGGAGUUCCAGGACAAGCACGUCAAAG